AUGGCCAAUAUAAUGAAAUGGAUGAAAAACGAGAAGAAGGAAACGAUGGCAGUAUGGCCAGAAAUUGUUGAAGAUCUUACAAAUUUAAGUGAGAAUACCAUCGUAAAAGAAAAAAUGAAAAAAAUAUUAGAAUACAACGUUCUUGGCGGUAAGCUAUUUAGAGCGUUAAUUUUAGUAUACACCUUCCAAUUAAUAGCAAAGGAACAUAUAAAAAAAAAUAUGAGUAUAUUAAUAUGCAUCGUAGGUUGGUGUUUAGAACUGAUGCAAGCUGCUUGCCUUAUGAUUGAUGAUUUGCAAGAUAAAUCAUUACUUCGGCGAGGAAAGCCGUGCUGGUACCGAUGUGAGAAAAUUGGACUAACAGCAAUAACAGAUGCUCUAAAGCUGGAAUAUUCAACAAAUUAUUUAAUAAAAAAACAUUUGAAAGAAAAAGAAUGUUACAUAGAUCUUAUGGAAAUGUUCAACGAAAUUAAACUCAAAACAAUAAAUGGCCAGUUAUUAGACUUGGAGUUAUCCAGCAAUAUCAAGAAAAAGCCAAAUUUGGAAUUAUUCACAAUGGACCAAUAUAAUUAUAUUGCUACACACAAGACGGCCUAUUAUUCUAUCUUUUUGCCAAUAACAAUAGCAAUGCGUUUGGCUGGAAUAAAAGACCAAAAAAAUUUUAUGCAAGCAAAAUCAAUUUCAUUAGAAAUAGGACGUUUGUUUCAAAUCCAAGAUGACUUCUUGGAUUGCUUUGGAGAUUCAAAAGUCAAUGGCAAAGACGGUACUGAUAUUCAGGAUGGAAAAUGCACAUGGUUUGUUGUUGUGGCUCUCCAACGAGCUAUUCCGGAACAGCGUAAAAUUUUAGAAGAAUGUUACGGCUUUUGGGAUUCAAAAAAAGUGCAACGUGUAAAACAACUGUACGCUGAUUUAAAUUUGCAAAAAGUUUACAUGUUAUAUGAAAAUAAAGUAUUUAAUUUAUUAAAUAUACGUAUAAAGCAGAUGUCAUGUGAAAUUCCACAUGAGAUUUUUUUGAAUUUAUUAAAAAUAUUUUAU